UCACUCUCCUUCCCUCACAAAAAUAUCAUUACCAAACUCAUAAAUGUUAACAAAAGCAACCCACCCCAUUCAAGCCACUUCUACUCCUCACUACUCUUCUAGCUACAAUCACCAUGGUUUUCUUCCUCUUCCUCCUCCUCCUAUCCUCUAAUCUUCAUGUUGCAUUUUCUGCCCAUUGCACCACCACCACUGCCACCAAAACGUUCCAAAAAUGCACGACACUCCCUACCCACCAAGCCUCUAUAGCAUGGACCUUCCACCCCCACAAUGCCACUUUAGACCUUGUUUUCUUUGGUACCUUCAUUUCACCCUCAGGCUGGGUUGGAUGGGGCAUCAAUCCUAGUUCCCCUGAGAUGACCGGAACCCGUGCCUUAAUCGCCUUUCCAGACCCAAAUUCCGGCCAAAUUGUCCUACUGCCAUACAUCCUAGACCCAACUGUAAAGCUCCAAAAGAACCCACUCCUUUCUCGGCCCCUUGACAUCCACCUCCUCUCUUCCUCUGCCACCUUAUAUGGUGGCAAAAUGGCCACAGUUCACAAUGGUGCCACAAUCCAAAUCUAUGCCACAUUCAAACUUGUACCAAAUAAAACAAAGAUCAACCAUGUGUGGAACCGUGGACUCUAUGUCCAAGGCUACUCACCAACCAUUCAUCCCACUACCUCUAACGACCUUUCCUCCUUUGCCACUAUAGAUGUCCUCUCAGGCUCAGCUACUGCCCAACAUGACAACAUCAAAACACUCAAAACCGCGCAUGGUAUCAUAAAUGCAAUCUCAUGGGGCCUUAUAUUGCCUAUUGGAGCCGUGACAGCACGCUACCUUAGGCACAUUCAGGCACUAGGCCCUGCAUGGUUUUAUGCUCAUGCAGGCAUGCAAUUGUUUGCAUUUUUCCUAGGAACUGUUGGAUUUGCAAUUGGAAUUAGGCUUGGGGAGCUGUCACCUGGUGUGGAAUAUGGACUUCACAGGAAACUUGGGUUUGCAGCAUUUUGCUUAGGAGCGCUACAAACACUUGCACUAUUGUUUAGGCCUAAAACUACAAACAAGUUUAGGAAGUAUUGGAAAUCUUACCACCAUUUUGUUGGGUAUUCUUGUGUGAUUCUUGGGGUUGUGAAUGUUUUUCAAGGAUUUGAAGUAAUGGGAGCAGGCAGGUCUUAUGCUAAGUUAGGCUACUGUUUGGGCCUCUCUACCUUGCUUGGUGUGUGUAUAGCUUUGGAGGUAAAUUCUUGGGUCAUUUUCUGUAGGAAAUCGAAGGAAGAGAAGCUGAGGAGAGAAGGACUAAUUGGGGGAUCUGAUAAAGGGAGUGGAAUCCACAGUUGAGAUUACAGGUUAAAACAAUAUUGUUUCUUAGUGUUGCAAUAUUGCCCAUGUUUAUCCAAAUUUAUUCAAUACAGAGUUGGAAUUCUUGUUAAA